CAUAUAUCUCUGAAGACUUUUGGUUUCCCUGAGUCUUCUCCGUUCGUCCGACUUGUCUCUCCGUCGUGUGAACCGCGUAGAAUCGCCUUUGGAACGAGACGGUGAUGCUUUUUGUGGACUUUUAAGAGUUUUUGAUCUGAAGAAAGAGUUUGGUUCGUUGUAUUGGUUGAUUAUGUCUUUGUAUAAGACUAAGCUUUGUAUUCUGUACGAGAAGAAUGGUCACUGUUCGAAGCCUAAUUGCACUUUUGCUCAUGGAGUUGAUGACCUCCGUCUUCCUGGUGAAUCUUCUUCUUUCAGAGGCAGACGUCACAAUCUUGAUGGUGACUUAAGAGAUAAACUUGGUAGACACUUUUCUCCAGAGCGGAGACCUUCUUUGGAGAGAAGUGGAAGGAGAGUACAAAGAUUUAAUGGACAUGAAAAUCCCAGGUCCUUUGAGAAGCGAAGAGAUGUAGACUACAGGGAGAACCGCAGAUUUGAUGAACGAAGUGAUUAUGCUGGUGGUUUGAAAGCUGGAAGUAGGAUUGAAGUCAGGGAAAAAGAUGAAAGAAAAAAGUUUCUGGGCUACAAUAAUGUUCUGGAAGAGCAGUUAAAAGAUGUAGAGCUGGAUGUUAAGAUGCUAACCGAUAACAAAUUACUAUUGGAGGCUGCUGUUGAAAGGAAGGCACGGGAAGCAGACAGUCUUACUUCUAAGAUCCACGAGCUUAGGACCCAGUUGGAUAGAGAGAAAGAGGAAUGUAAGAGGAUUACUUUAAGCACGAAGAAAUUUGUGAAAGAGUAUAAUCGUUUCUUGCGGGCACAAGAUGAUGUAAAGAGGUCAGAAGCUCGUCUUCAGAAGUUGGGAACCCAACUUAGUACGUAUCUUCUUGGAAAUGAAGGCAAUGACAGGGAAGCAGACAUCGAGAUUGUGAGCGAUGAAGAGAAAAAUGGUCGGAAUCUGAGAAGUACUUCUGAAUUGCAAAAUGAGCUGCACAAUACUUCUUCAGUGUCCAGGAAAAGGCAUUAUGUGGAACAACAGUAUACUACCAAAGAAUCUGUUCAAGAUGCCUUGAGAGGAAGAGGUGAAGAAGAUAAGUUGGAGAAUGGGAAGAGUCCUCCUUCUCGUUGGAAUAGGGUUCCUUCGAAAUCAUUUUCCGAAGAGGAAAGUAGAGUGCGGAACGAGGAAGACGCAAUGAACAAGUCCUCAUCGAAGGAAGACACUUGGAAAAGAAGAAGGCUUUCUUCUGGCACCUCAUCUAGCAAUAAGGUAAUGUCGUCUACGAGCAUGGUAGCUCGGGUAUCUGAUGAAGUGGCAGAGUUUGAUGAAGAAAAAACUCGAGCAGCCAAAGGCUCUCCCCUCAUAUCUCUUCCUCCACCCCCACCUUUCAGAGAUGCCCAUUUUCAUGGAGACGAGGAGGAGGAAGUCGAUGUGAAUGAACAGAGUAAAGCUGAUGACGUUGACUCCGUCUGAUCUUAAUGUGAAUCCAUAACCGCUAAACUAUCUAGACAGAAAGUAUGUUCUUUAAGUAAUACUAUAUGCUAGGGAAGCUUUACAUUUUGUUCUGUGCAAUACUUCAAAACAAAGUUUAGAAUCGGUACAUGAUUAUAUUUAAAUCGGUA